AGCCGCCUCAGCGAUGGUGGAGAAGAAGCCUCCCGGCCGCCUCCCGGACGGCCCCCACGGCCGGGUUUUGGACCGGGCCGCCCGGCAGCGCCGGCUCCACCGCCAGCUCGAGGCCCUGGAGAACGACAACUUCGGCGACGACCCCCAGGCGGGGCUGCCCCGGCCCGGCAAGCGCCUCCCGCACUUCGCCGACACCGCCGAGACCGGGAAGAAGAAGAAGAAGACGCGUGGGGACCACUUCAAGCUCCGCUUCCGCAAGAACUUCCAGGCGCUGCUGGAGGAGCAGAGCCUGAGCGCUGCCGAGGGUCCCACGUACGUGUCUGCGUGCGCGGGCCCCUCGCGCCGGCCCCAGCGCCACUUCUGCAGCGUCUGCGGCUUCCCCUCGGCCUACACCUGCGUGAGCUGUGGGGCUCGCUUCUGCUGCGCCCGCUGCCUCGGCACCCACCAGGACACGCGCUGCCUCAAAUGGACGGUGUGAGAUGACGUCACCCCCCCCCCCGAUGACGUCAUCCCCCCC